AAAAGAGGAAAAAGAGAGAGAGGAAAGUGAACAUCACGCAGUGCUCGAUCCUGCUCGCCAGAUCAACGCUGUACAUUUGCGCCAUUCCUCUCGAGAUUAGAGCUUAAAGAAGAGAGAAAAAGGAGGAGGAGGAGGAGGAGGAGGAGGAAGAAGAGGCAGCGAAGCGAAGAGCAAUCCCCUCUCUCUCUCUCCUCUUCUCUUCAUCGCGCCCUCCUCUGCCGUGAGCCUCUGCGAUUUCUCGGUGGUGGGAACGAUGGUGGUCCCGUCGCUUCAGUGCAUGGAUUCGCUGUCGAGCGACGAGCUGAAGGCUAACGGCUCGGAAGUUGUCGCCUCCAGCGCCGGCCGCGGCAAGAGCCCUAAGAGCGAGGGCAAGGAGGAGGGCCCCGGCGGCGGCAAGCGCGAGAAGGAGAAGGAAAAGGAGAAGGAGAAGGCGAAGAAGGGGGGCGAGCCGGAGUGCUGCUCGCCGAGGCCUCCGGGGACGCAGAGGAGGUGCAGCGCGAGGAUCCAGACGAAGCAGAGGGCCGAGAAGGAGCUCCUGGUGCGCCGGAGGGUGGAGCUUCUGGACAACGGCGACGGGGUAACGUCCACUGGCAAGAGGCGCAAUGUGGGAGGUAGGGGGAAGUCGGGAGGGGAGAGUGCGGGAAAGGAGGGUCCGGAGGUGGAGGAGAGUGAGGUGGAGGCCGUUGGGGGCGCGGAGAUUGUCGGCAUCAGCGUCGAGCCGGCGAGUGCGGGUUCGGGCGUGCAAAGGGAAAGCCAGGUUGCGGCCGGUGGAGAUAAUGUGGCCCCUAUGGUGGAGAAGAGUGACUUUGCUAAGGUCAAGGAGACUCUUAGGUUGUUCAACAAGCAUUAUCUUCACUUUGUUCAGGAAGAGGAGAAAAGAUGUAACAAAGAGAAAGCAGAAAACUCUAAAGGUUCACAGAAACCUAAAUCGAAAUCGAAAUCUAAGGAACAACAAAAAGGUUCAAAGCAAUCUAAAACUAACUCCAAGAAAGGAAAUUCAACAGGAGAUACCAAGAAAUUAGCCAUGAGGCCUGAUUUGAAGGCAAUAACCAAGAUGCUUGAGACCAAUGGUGUCUUACAUCCUAAGAAAAGGUUUGGUAAUAUACCAGGUAUUAAUGUUGGUCAUCAGUUCUAUUCACGAGCUGAAAUGGUCGUCGUUGGAUUUCAUAGUCAUUGGUUAAAUGGUAUCGACUAUAUGGGCCAAGCAUAUAGAAAGGAAUACAGUAAUUACACAUUCCCUGUUGCUGUGGCGAUUGUUCUAUCAGGCAUGUAUGAGGAUGAUCAGGAUAAUGCUGAUGAUGUUGUAUAUACUGGUCAAGGAGGGCACAAUCUAACUGGUGAUAAGCGUCAAAUUCGGGAUCAAGUAUUGGAGCGUGGUAAUUUGGCUCUAAAGAAUUGCAUUGACCAAAAUGUGCCUGUCAGAGUGAUACGUGGUCAUGAAUCCAGAACCAGCUACUGUGGCAAGGUUUAUACAUACGAUGGCCUGUAUAAGGUCGUUACGUACUGGGCGGAGAAGGGUAUAUCUGGAUAUACUGUCUUCAAAUUUCGAUUAAGGAGGAUGCCAGGGCAGCCCAUGUUGACUACCAAUCAGGUUCAGUUUGUUUAUGGUCGUGUUCCUAACUCUGUGUCAGAAAUACGUGGAUUGGUAUGCAAGGAUAUCACUGGGGGUGAAGAGGCUAUUCCUAUACCAGCUACAAAUUUAGUGGACGAUCCUCCUGUUCCACCUUCAGGUUUCACAUACAUCAAGACCAUCCAAGUUUCAAAGAAUAUAAUUCUUCCCGCAGCUUCCACAGGUUGUAAGUGUCGAGGGGGUUGCAUUGAUCCAAGGAUCUGUUUAUGUGCUACAUUAAAUGGUUCUGACUUUCCAUAUGUGCAGCGAGAUGGUGGCAGACUAAUAGAAGCUAAGGAUGUUGUCUACGAAUGUGGCCCAAACUGUGGCUGUGGACCUGAUUGUGUAAAUCGGGUGUCUCAGAGAGGCAUAAAAUAUCGUCUUGAGGUGUUCCGAGCUCCACGAAAGGGUUGGGCUGUUAGAUCAUGGGACUUUAUACCUUCCGGAGCACCGGUAUGCGAAUACAUUGGUAUUCUCAACAGGGCUGAAGAUAUGGACAAUGCCUCUGAGAAUAAUUUCAUUUUUGAUAUUGAUUGCUUGCAAACCAUGAGGGGUCUUGGUGGAAGGGAGAGGAGAUCACGAGAUGCAUCUUCUGAGACAGUUGAUCAUAUGGGCAAGCAUGAUGACCAGAAAUCCGAGAUCCCAGAGUACUGCAUUGAUGCUGGUUCAGUUGGAAAUAUUGCCAGGUUUAUCAAUCAUAGCUGUGAGCCUAAUCUGUUUGUCCAAUGUGUAUUAAGUUCCCACCAAGACAUUAAGCUGGCUAGGGUGGUGCUAUUUGCAGCUGACAAUAUACCACCAUUGCAGGAGCUCACGUAUGACUAUGGCUAUGCACUUGAUAGUGUUUUUGGCCCUGAUGGAAAGGUGAAAAGAAUGCCAUGCUACUGUGGUGCUGCCGAUUGUAGGAAGCGCUUGUUUUAAAAUGCUAAAAUAUUUCAAGCGCUUGUUUCACCUUCUGUGGUGCUCAUGCUUUUCUCGGCCAAGCAAAAUUUUGUGCUAACGUGCUAUUGCGUAAGCUUGUUUGUUCUUGUAAUCUUGUUUCUGCUGUAACAGGUUAGAUACAAUAGGUUAGGUUCUACGGAGAGGGAAAGGAAAUAGGUUCUGUUGUGAAAAUCAACGAAGCACAUGUUGUUUGUUGGGUUGUGGAAGUCGAUUUCUGUAGUUAGGAUUUGUAAUAUUCCUGUGUUACGACAUUUUGGGCUUUGAUUGCCCACCAUAUCUGCAAUUGAAAAUUCAGAGGUGAGGGGAAGCAACAAGAGUGCAUUUCCCCCGC